CAUUUGAACAUUGGCCGAAAUACAACACAAAUUUAUAACGUUAACAUUCAUUAAAUUAAAAAAAAAACAAAAAAACAAAACGGUUAUAUAAAUAGAACAUUUAAAAAAAUUACUCUUAAUUAUGAGUUGUAGUUAUUUGUAUGAAAUAGUACGUAGAAAGUCGGAAGAAUUCGAACAGCAUUUGGAACAAGAUAAACGGGAAAAUUCAAAUCUUUCGGAUUAUUCUAGAGAUGAUGAAAUUUGGGAAGUACCAGAAGAAAGUUUUGAAAAUGUCUAUCAGCAGAUGGAGGCAAAUGAGGAAUUGCAACAAGAUAAUGAGCAGAAAGAUGAAUACAAUACAAUAACUGAGGAAGUAUUGAAUUUAAAACAAUUUGAAAGUACUAAAACUUUUCAUAUUAGUUUAAGUACGGAAAAAAUUGCUUUAAAAUCGCAAACAAAGCAACCAUGUGAAAAUUCAUCAAAAUCAAUCAAUAAAUCAAUUAAAACGGAAACGGAUGUAAUAAAGUCACUGACCAGCAAUACUAACACUAUAAAUACCGGUGGCAAUAAAGUGCAAUGGAAAAAUUGUACUUUGUCUAACAACAACAAACAUUCCUCCUCUACUACAUCUUUACUUAAUUUCACAAUUGUGCCCAUAAAUGUGUCCACAAAAGGGCAAAAUCAAAAAACUACUGAUAAGCCUGAAAGUGGUACUAUUCAAAAAUUACCAGAAAUAAAAUUGUCGUCUUUUUCAACCAGAAAAACAUCUUUGAAAUCUAAUACACCUACUGUAAAACCCAAUAGUGGAUUUUAUGUGCAUACAACGUUUAAUGAUUUGAAAUCUACUUCAAAUUUACCACGACGCAAAUCAUCCUCCGGUUCUGAAAUUAAUAAACACAUAACCGAAACUUCCACCUCUCCAGAAUCUUUAUUGGAUAAUAUUUUAAGUGGGGCUUCUUCAAUAUCAGUUCAGAGUAGCAGUAUCAGUAGUAAUGGCUUAAACGGUGAUUUGGAUGCACAUAAACAGAAACAGGAUAGCACUAAAAUUAGGGAUAAUGUGGUACCUUCUUUAGUUUUAUCACCAAAACAUUUUUGUCGUAACAAUUCGGGCAUUUUAAAGACCCAAAUACCAGAAUUGAAAAUUAUCACAGCACCCAAUUCACCCACAAAUCAAGCCGAAACAUUAAACGUUGGAACACACGCCUCGCCUUCUUUGUUGACUAUAAGCAAUUUAUCGCACUCGGAUUCAUUUGAAACGGCUUCGAAUCGCACUAGAAGUCCUUCGGCCUCACCUCUACGCAGUUUAUCGCCAAGGGUUCCCACUGAAGCUAGCCUGUAUCCGGACGAUUUGCGCUGUAAAAUUUGCAAUGAACUUUUCAAGGACCCCCGAAGUUUAAAUUGUUUGCAUUCAUUCUGUUUUCAAUGUAUUGUUAAUGAAAAUUUUAAACAAGAUGCUAGCAUACCAUUUUGGUCACAGCCUCAAUCCCUUCCAGGACCUCAAGUUUCCUCGCCGCAAAACAAAUGUGAUGAUUUGGAUUUCAAAGUUUUGAACUCUCCUAAUAAUAGUAUACGUUCCACUUCACCCGAUGUGCAAACCGUACAAAGUAAUUCGGAUUUAUCAAAUUCGCCUUCACAGCAGAAGCGAAGAUCAUCAUUUAGUUUUAAACGGAAGAAAUCAUCAGAUCGUCUAACAUUAAAGAACAAAUCCGAUAACUUAUCAGCGGCGAUUUCUCAACAAAGUAGUCAUGCCAUACAACGGCAGCAAACAGAAAUGACCCGUUUGAUAAUGUGUAAAAUAUGUCAAUUUCCCACUGAAGUUCCCCUAGGAGGCAUACGUCAAUUGCCACAGAACUUUCUAUUGGUGCGUAGAAUUGAAGGAAUACGUUUUAAAGUCGGGGAAGAAGUAAUUACCAGAAUCUGGUGCAGUUUGUGCUAUGAAGAAACUAACGCUACGUAUCAUUGCUUAACUUGCAUCUUAAAUUUCUGUACGCUAUGCAAAGAGUCGCACGAACGACAAAAGAGUACUACAAAACAUAUUAUCAAAAAUAUUGUCGAUUUAAGACGUGCCCGUAAAGAGCAGGGUUCUCAAUUUAUAGAUAAUUCAAAAUUUAUACUAAAAUGCAGCAUGCAUCCGGGUUUUGAGAUUAAAUCAUUUUGUACGGUUUGCUUACAAGUCGCCUGUUCUGAUUGUUUAAUACUACUACAUAAGGGACAUAAACAUGAAACCAUUUCGAAGUCGAUUUCUAAUUUUGGUCGGAUUCUGAAAGAUUCUACUGAACAAACUAAGCCUCUAUGCAAUUAUGCCGAACAUUCGCUAGCAAAACUAAAUGAGAUUGCUAAGAAUAUUAAUCGUAAAUGUGAUCAGAUACAAGCAGAAGUGGAAGAAUUUAUGACACGUUAUUUUGAGGCUGUUGAGGCGCAUAAAAACACACUAUUGCAACAAGUACUACGGGCGAGAGAAUCAAAAGUUGAAAUGAUUUUAGAACAGCAAAUGGAUUUAGAAAAACGCACCCAGGAUGCAUUGCUGGCAGUUAAGUUCAGUCAAGAGCUAAUCGAUACUGCUUCAGAUGUGGAAAUUUUAUUUUUUCUAAAAAUUCUUUUAAAAAGAUUUGAAUAUUGUCAGCAAUUUAAAGCUCCCGUCGAUCCUAAGAUUUCAGAUACUUUACAUUUUCUACCAAAACUUAGGGCUCCGGCAGCUAAGAAUCAAAAUGAUAUACCUUUGUUUGGUAUUAUUACAAUGCAAACGGUGGAACCUUCCUUGUGUACAUUACUUUGGGAUGGUAUUUCGCAAUUACGUCUACACAAAACUGAAUUGGUUCUUAUUUCUAGAGAUGCAGAUGGAGCCUCACUCUGUCAUGGGGGUUUGCAGAUAAAAUGUCAAAUUAAAUACAAAGACAAUCAUGCUAAAUUAAUACCAAUAGAGAUAUCCGAUAAUCGGGAUGGUUCAUAUAUAAUCUCAUUUACACCAGAUUCUCAGGGCACCAUCAUAUUAACAAUUACUAUAAACGAUAAACCCAUUAAGGGUAGUCCGUUUAGAUUCCAAGCGCGUACAUUACGUCCGCACAGUGGCAUUUAUCAUUGCUGUGCCUUCUGUUCGAGCAAGGGUAAUAAAAAUAUUAAGUGUGCUUGUGAAGGUCGUAUGCCAAGUUUUAAUAGUUGCGGUCAUGGUCAUGUUGGUCAUCCCGGUCGUCGUCAUUGGUCCUGCUGCGGUAAUGUUUUAGAGAAUUCUGAAUGUAGUGUGGCAAAUAAAUUGUUGAAUUCAUAAU